AAAUGGGAGAAACGACAAGAGAAAACGAAAGCCGAGAUUUUCCAGACAGUUCAAUAGAUUUCUCCGCCUCACUCACUCAGCUCAUUCACUAUCUCACUUCGGUACGCUCACUUCACACACGAGUCGUUCUCUCUCUCUUCUUCUCUUCAAUACGUUUCGCGAGGCCCAACUUCACCUAGAGAAUCGGUUCUGCGGUGCAACAGUCCGGAAUCGCACUGUCGUCGAUGAUCCUCUCCGGCAUAGUAUCAAGGACGGACAGGAGACGAGCAUCGCCGGAGUCCGGUUUCACUCUAGCUGUUUUCAGGUGAAUCGCUCUUGACUCUGACUUUUCAGCUGAAGCAUUUGUGUUGGAUUUUCCGGGAAGCGGACAUCGUACGAAUCGGCGACCAGCAUUGCCGGAGUCCGGCUUUGCAUUUGCUGUUUUCAGUGUAUUACAGGUAUAUCACUUGAUACCAUUUGCGGCUGUGAAUAUUGAGGAGAUUGAGCUGACUCUCGAAACAAUAUGCGGAAGAGGAAUUUAUGUCAAAACCAGCAUCCAUUUCAUGCAUACUCUUUUGAGGCAUUUUACUUUGGGUCAUGGCAAGCCAUAGAACUCAUGAGGAUUGAGGAUGGAACAGUAGCCCUACAUCUGGCAGAGAGUGAAUAUGUAAUUGAGGAGAAAAGUCCAAUCCCAAACCUUCGGAUAAGGCCAAGGAAAGCAACUUUGUCUGAUUGUACUUGCUUUCUGAGGCCUGGCACAGAAAUAACCGUGCUUUGGACCUUGCAACAGUCAGAAAGUUCAGAUGAAGAAAAUCGAGAGCCGGUGUGGAUUGAUGCUAAGAUAAGUUCCAUUGAGAGGAGGCCUCACGAGCCCGAAUGUUCAUGCCAAUUUUUUGUCAACUUCUACAUUACCCAAGACCCCCUUGGCACAGAGAAGGGAACACUUAGCAAGGAUAUCAGUGUUGUAGAACUCGAUCAGAUUUCUAUCCUCCAAAAACUUGGAAAAUAUCCUUGUGAAGAUGAGCACUACCGGUGGAAAUUUUCUGAGGACUGCUCUUUGCUGCAAAGAACUAAAUUGUUCUUGGGGAAAUUCUCAUCUGAUCUUUCAUGGCUUGUUGUUACAUCAGUUUUAAAGCAAGUUGUAUUUGACGUAAGGUCAGUGCAAAAUAGGAUUGUCUAUCAAAUUGUGGGUGGUGAUCAUGAUAAGGUUUCAUUAAAUGCUGUAAAUUUUAGAGUAGACAAUGGAAUUUCCACUCCUGUCAUAUUCCCCUUUGUUCCUGCUGAUACUAUUGAGGCUGAUCCUUUAAAUGGCACCAAUGAAACUGGACCAUUACCAUUCUGUGAUAUUGUGGACUUACGGCGCUCCAAGCGUCGAAAUGUACAACCUGAUCGUUUCUUUAGCUUAGGUGGCUUUUCAGAGUCGGAUAUUGGGUCAGUUCGAGCGGGGAUACACAAGGUAGACUACUGGAGAAAGGAAGAAAUGCCAUUGGCAUUGCCAGACGAGGGGGACGUGCAUUCAAUUUUUUCAGAAAAGCAUAUUAUUGAUUAUGAAAAAGGGGCCCACUCUCUUCAAAUAGAUUCCUAUGAGGAUUUCCUUGUCUGCAAAAGCAAGGACAGGUCAAGGGAGGUAAAGCCAAUUCUGGCUGCACAAAAUGAAGAUCAACAUCAAUUUGCUAUUGUUCCUGUGCCUCUCAUUAUUGAACCAAUAGCACAUGGAGAAGAUCAUCUCCAUGAUGAGACUCCUUGGAAUGAGUCAGGAGAGAUUGGGGAGAUAUCUCCCAAGUAUUACUGCACAAAUGGUGUUCCUAAAUUACAGCGUAAGAAUAUGUCUGAUUUAUAUAUGGAGGUCGAGAGCAGAUGGGAAGGGAAAGGUCCAAUUAGGAAACUCCGAAGAAAAAGGGGUUUUACUAUACGUACAAAAACAGAGAGUUAUGGUGAAGUAAGACCUCAUAAAAAGAGACCCUUCAGUGAACCUGGGUAUAAGGAAGUGAUAGAAGCUUACAUGAAAAACAUAGAAUCCACAAUCAAUAAAGAACAGCCACUUGUUAUCGACCAAUGGAAAGAACUUCAGGUGAGAAAUGACUUGAACCAAAGAAGGGACUGCAACUUACCAUCUUCGGUUGGGGAUGAGGAAGAAAGCUCAGAAACUGAAAUGUUGUGGAGAGAAAUGGAAUUCUCCAUUGCAUCAUCUUAUCUUCUAGAAGAAAAUGAGGGGUCAAAUGUUGAAGUCUUGAAGGAGGUUGUGCAAGAAUCAAGUAACAUUAGCGAACAAGUUUGCCAGCACGAAUACAUAUUGGACGAAGAAAUUGGGGUUCUAUGUCAGUUAUGCGGCUUUGUGAGCACUGAAAUAAAAGAUGUCUCACCCCCCUUUUUUCAACCCACUGGUUGGAUCACAAACAAAGAAUGGCGUGAUGAAGAAAAUUCAAAGCGUAAGCAGGCUGUAAAUGAUGGCUUCAAUCUUUUCUCCAUUCCUGCUUCCUCUGACACACCCUUGUCAGAAGGAAAUGACAAUGUGUGGGCCUUAGUACCUGAUCUGAGAAAGAAAUUACGGUUACACCAGAAGAAAGCUUUUGAGUUUCUAUGGAAAAAUAUUGCUGGCUCUAUGGUACCAGCACUAAUGGAACAAGAAGUCAAGAGAAGAGGUGGUUGUGUUAUUUCUCAUUCUCCUGGAGCUGGAAAAACUUUUCUUGUUAUCUCGUUCCUGGUGAGCUACUUGAAGUUAUUUCCUGGAAAACGGCCUUUGGUCCUUGCUCCAAAGACAACACUCUAUACCUGGUACAAAGAAAUUAUUAAGUGGAAGGUUCCUGUUCCAGUUUAUCAAAUCCACGGUUGUAGGACCUACAGAUAUGAAAUCUACAAACACAAAGUGGAAACUUCUCCAGGGAUUCCAAGACCGAACCAAGAUGUUAUGCAUGUUCUUGAUUGCCUAGAGAAAAUACAGAAGUGGCAUGCACAUCCAAGUAUUCUUCUCAUGGGUUAUACCUCGUUUCUGUCAUUGAUGCGAGAAGAUUCAAAGUUUAUCCAUAGGAGAUACAUGGGUGAAGUUCUGCGGCAAAGUCCAGGAAUUCUUGUACUCGAUGAAGGGCACAACCCAAGAAGCACAGGAUCAAGGUUAAGGAAAGCUCUGAUGAAAGUUAAAACAAACCUGAGAAUUUUGCUUUCAGGUACAUUGUUUCAGAAUAAUUUCAGUGAAUAUUUCAACACCCUUUGCUUAGCAAGACCGAAGUUUGUCAAUGAGGUGUUAAGGGAAUUGGACCCAAAAUUUAAGAGGAACAAGAAUCGGAGGAAAAGAAGAUACAGUUCAACAGAAUCUCGGGCAAGAAAAUUCUUCACAGAUGAGAUUGCAAAGCGAAUCAAUUCAAAUGUGCCAGAAGAACAGAUAGAGGGCCUAAACAUGUUAAGGAAUCUCACUAGUAAAUUUAUAGAUGUGUAUGAAGGUGGAAGUUCUGACAACCUACCUGGUUUACAAGUUUACACCUUGUUGAUGAAAUCAACUACCAUACAACAAGAGUUUCUGUCAAAACUUCAGAAGAAAAAGGAUGAAUAUAAAGGAUAUCCUCUGGAAUUGGAGCUUUUGGUAACCCUUGGAUCAAUACAUCCUUGGUUGAUCACAACUGCUGCCUGUGCUGAUAAAUACUUUAGUAGGGAGGAAUUGCUGGAGCUUAAGAAGCACAAGGAUGAUGUGAAGAAGGGGUCAAAAGUGAAAUUUGUUCUAAGUCUUGUGAAUAGAUGUAUCAUUAGAAAGGAGAAGAUUUUGAUCUUUUGCCAUAACAUCUCACCCAUUAAUUUAUUUGUAGAUAUAUUUGAUAAGCUCUAUAAGUGGAAGAAGGGUGAAGAUGUUUUGGUCCUUCAAGGGGACCUAGAGCUAUUUGAACGGGGCAGAGUGAUGGAUCAGUUUGAAGAACCGGGUGGUGCCUCAAAAGUACUACUUGCUUCCAUUACAGCUUGUGCUGAAGGCAUUAGCUUAACUGCAGCUUCACGGGUGAUAUUGUUGGACACAGAGUGGAAUCCUUCAAAGCAAAAGCAAGCUGUUGCACGGGCAUUUCGGCCUGGUCAGGAGAGGGUGGUUUAUGUCUAUCAGCUCUUGGAAACAGACACACUGGAAGAAGAAAAGAAUAGUAGGACCAACUGGAAGGAGUGGGUUUCAAGUAUGAUAUUUAGUGAAGCAUUUGUGGAGGACCCUUCAUGCUGGCAAGCGGAAAAAAUUGAAGAUGAUUUAUUAAGGGAGAUAGUCGAGGAGGACUGGGCUAAAUCAAUCCAUAUGAUAAUGAAAAACGAGAAAGCUUCAAAUGGGUUGAUCAGAGGUAAAGAAUAGUCUAGAUUAAACAAUGUAAUCUUAUUUUCCUCCAAGGAGCCCUCUCCCUCUUUUUCUCAUUUGUGUGUACAUAUUGCCCUCUUCUUUUUUUAACUAGGAACUGGAAAUUAAGAUGUGGUUAAAGAAAUGUCAUUGCAGAAUAUUCAGCAUAUCAUGGUCAUUAUGUGUGUGUAUUGUAUCAUUUCAAUGUAUAAUAUGCAUAAUUUUGUGUGUAUUCGGAAUUCACUUGUGUGAUGAUUGGCCUGAACUGUUCAGCGGUUUAUGGACUUUCUGUGGAUCUUGUAACAAUAAUCUCAUUGAUAAUCAUUUUAGCAGUGAAGGCCCUGAAUCCUUCAUGAUUCA